UUUUGCCACUCUAUAAAAAAAAUCCAUCCACUCCAAAAACAAAGACAAAGCAAAGCAAAGCAACGUAUUUAGCAUUAGGUGCUGUAAUUACAACUGCGAAAAGGCCUUUUCCUUGCUCUCUUUUGCUUCUCUCGUUCUAUCCUCUAACUCUGUUCGUCUCAAUUUUGUUCCUGAUCAACAAGCAUGUAUGAGCGGAGGGGAUGAGUUUAAUUACGAUGAAGGUUCAGGAAAGGGGCCAUCGUGUUGGGGUUCAGUCAAGCAGGAGUGGAAAACCUGCGGUACUGGAAAAUCGCAGUCUCCCAUAGAUAUUCCUGUUGGAAGCACUCUGAUUUCUCUUACUUUGGGUGAUUUGCAACGUACCUAUGCAUCAGGUUCGGCUGUUUUGAAGAAUAGGGGACAUGACAUUGCGGUGUUGUGGAACGGAAAUGCUGGAAAAAUUAACAUAAAUGGGACUGAUUAUGAAGUAGUUCAAUGCCAUUGGCAUUCUCCAUCGGAGCACACAUUCGGUGGAACCAGGUAUGAUUUGGAAAUUCACAUAGUUCAUCAGAAUGCUCAAAAUCAGAUUACCGUUAUUUCAAUGGUUUUCCAAAUUGGCCAAGCUGAUCCUUUCCUUUCCUCGCUACUGUCAUCCAUAGAAAGUAUAGGAGGGGGAGAGAAAGACCUGGGGAAUGUUAAUCCAGUGGAUAUUGGAUUUGCUGGCAGAAACUACUAUCGAUACACUGGCUCACUUACAACUCCUCCAUGCACUGAGGGUGUUGUUUGGACAGUCCUCCAAGAGGUGAAGACAGCCUCGACCGAGCAAGUUCACGCUUUAAAAGAUGCCCUUGCUGAGGAAUUUAAGGAAAAUUCAAGGCCAAAUCAAUCGCUGGGUGCAAGACCAGUGUUGUUCUAUGAUCCAGGGGAGAGUGCUGCUUGACCUUAGCUCCAUCAAAAACCAAAGAGCAGUUGUUACUGUACCACGUAUUUGCAUUAUCUCCCUUGGUGUAUUGUAGAUUUAUAUUGUAGAAAGUUUAAUAAUAAUAUACAUGAUCUCAAUGGA